AGUCAAUCCAUUUAAAAUGUCUCUCCCUAAACCCUAGCUGCUUAAUAUAAAUAUGUGCAAUCCUCACCACUCUCUUCACUCUGCAUUUCGCCUCUCCUCCCCCAUCUACAUCUCGAUUGCUUUUUGAAGAUCGAGUUAUCUGUUUGAAAUAUGGGUAAGGAAAAGAUUCAUAUCAGUAUUGUGGUCAUUGGCCAUGUCGACUCCGGGAAGUCGACCACUACUGGGCAUCUCAUCUACAAGCUUGGUGGUAUUGACAAGCGUGUGAUUGAGAGGUUUGAGAAGGAAGCUGCUGAGAUGAACAAGAGGUCGUUCAAGUAUGCGUGGGUUCUUGACAAGCUCAAGGCUGAGCGUGAACGUGGUAUCACCAUUGAUAUCGCUCUCUGGAAGUUCGAGACUACCAAGUACUACUGCACCGUCAUUGAUGCUCCUGGACAUCGUGAUUUCAUCAAGAACAUGAUUACAGGAACCUCUCAGGCUGAUUGCGCUGUGCUCAUCAUUGAUUCCACCACUGGUGGUUUUGAGGCUGGUAUCUCCAAGGAUGGACAGACCCGUGAGCACGCUCUUCUGGCUUUUACUCUUGGUGUGAAGCAAAUGAUCUGUUGCUGUAACAAGAUGGAUGCUACCACUCCUAAAUACUCCAAGGCAAGGUAUGACGAAAUCAUCAAGGAAGUCUCUUCCUACCUGAAGAAGGUUGGUUACAACCCUGAGAAGAUCCCGUUUGUGCCCAUCUCUGGAUUUGAGGGUGACAAUAUGAUUGAGAGGUCGACCAACCUUGACUGGUACAAGGGCCCAACUCUUCUAGAGGCUCUUGAUGCUGUCCAGGAGCCAAAGAGGCCCUCAGACAAGCCUCUCCGUCUCCCACUUCAGGAUGUCUACAAGAUUGGUGGUAUUGGAACUGUGCCAGUCGGAAGAGUUGAGACCGGUGUCAUCAAACCUGGUAUGGUUGUCACCUUCGGACCAACUGGGCUUACCACUGAGGUCAAGUCUGUUGAGAUGCACCACGAGGCCCUCCAGGAAGCUCUCCCAGGUGACAAUGUUGGCUUCAACGUCAAGAACGUUGCUGUGAAGGAUCUGAAGCGUGGUUUUGUUGCAUCGAACUCCAAGGAUGACCCUGCCAAGGAGGCUGCAAACUUCACUUCCCAGGUCAUCAUCAUGAACCACCCUGGUCAGAUUGGAAAUGGUUAUGCUCCAGUCCUCGAUUGCCACACUUCACACAUUGCUGUGAAGUUUUCUGAGCUCAUGACCAAGAUUGACAGACGAUCUGGAAAGGAGCUUGAGAAGGAGCCUAAGUUUUUGAAGAAUGGUGAUGCCGGUAUGGUUAAGAUGAUUCCGACCAAGCCCAUGGUUGUGGAGACAUUCUCUCAGUACCCGCCUCUUGGAAGGUUUGCUGUUAGGGACAUGCGUCAGACUGUUGCUGUUGGUGUGAUCAAGAGUGUGGAGAAGAAGGACCCAUCAGGAGCCAAGGUGACCAAGGCAGCAGCCAAGAAGGGUGCCAAGUGAAUCACAUUCACUCCACAUAUCAUCUCUCGUUUUGUUUCUUACAAGAACCUCUUAUUUUAUGUCGGUCUUAAAACUUCUUGUCUUUUAAUUUCUGUCUUUUGGUAUUUGUCGUGCAAUUUUGGCUCCCAGAAUUGGAUUCUGGAUCGCCGAUGGCGUAUGUUAGUAUGACUCUGCCUUUUGUCUUUUUAUAGUAUUAUUGUUUUUCGUCA